UGUUUCCUGUUCACAUACUGGUAACAGAGAUGCGAGCAUUUCAAACCCUAAACUCUCGUACUCACUUUAUUGAUCUAAUCACCACAAAACAUCCCCAAUUCCACAAAAUCUAUAGAGGUUUUCACUCCACUAAUCAUCUUUUCAUCGAAGAAUCAUCCACAGUCUCUACUAUUUACGAUCCCGUUAGUAACCGUCUUGUGACUACGCGAGUAGCAAAUUCAAAACCCUCGGAAGGGGAAUCCGAUAAAGACGCUUAUAGAUCGUCUAAUUCCGAUUAUGUCGAUGCUCUGAAAGACGACAGAUCUUACGGGAGUGUUUUGAAGGCGAACCAGGGUUUUGGUGUUGUUAGCAAGAAGAAGAGUAAAAGCAAGAGUACUUGGGUUUGUUCUGAAUGUGGAUACACAGAUGGACAGUGGUGGGGAUACUGCCGUGAAUGUAGAAAUGUUAAUACAAUGAAGGAGUUCACAGAAAGUGAUAAUGGAGGAAAGACGACUGGAUUCCAAGUGUCUGAAAAAAUAGUGAAAUCGUGGUUACCAAAAGGGUCGGGAGAUGCUGUUCCGAUGAGGUUAACGGAUGUCAACAGAGGGAUCAACCAGUCGGAUUGGCGAUUUCAUUUGUCUGGGCUAUUUGGAACUGAAGUUUCUAGGGUUCUUGGCGGUGGUCUCGUACCAGGUUCUUUGGUUUUGAUUGGUGGUGAUCCAGGUGUCGGAAAGAGCACAUUAAUGUUACAGAUAGCAGCAAUUAUAGCUGAAGGGAAAGAAAUCGGUAAACCGGCUCCUGUGCUAUAUGUCUCAGGUGAAGAGAGUGUCGAACAAAUUGGAAACAGAGCAGAUCGUAUGGAAAUCAGCGCAGAGGAAUUGUUCUUAUAUUCAAGUACUGACAUUGAGGACAUUCUGCAAAAGGCUCAGGUUCUUUCACCUCGUGCACUAAUCAUUGAUUCCAUCCAGACUGUUCAUCUGAUGGGCGUUACUGGAAGCGCCGGAGGUAUUUACCAGAUUAAAGAAUGCACAGCAGCCUUGCUGCGUUUCGCUAAGAAGACAAACAUACCUGUAUUCUUGAUCGGCCAUGUAACGAAGUCGGGAGACAUAGCUGGACCUCGUGCGUUGGAGCAUAUCGUUGAUGCAGUUUUAUAUAUGGAAGGGGAGCAGUAUUCAUCUCAUCGUCUGCUUCGUGCAUUUAAGAAUCGUUUUGGCUCCACCGAUGAGCUUGGAGUGUUUGAAAUGUCUCCAUGUGGAUUAAAAGCCGUCACAAAUCCUAGCGAGAUUUUUUUAAGCGAGGAACGCUCGGAUUCGGAAUUCCUGGCAGGUCUUGCAAUUGCUGUGAUUAUGGAUGGAUCUCGAACAUUUGUCAUUGAAAUUCAGGCACUAUGUGCACCCGGGUCCUCACUUUCACGGCAAGUGAACGGGGUUCAAGCAGGGAGAGCUGAUAUGAUUAUAUCAGUUCUUAUGAAACAAGCUGGUCUCAAGCUCCAAUCAAAUGCGAUCUUCUUGAACGUUGUUAGCGGGCUUACUUUAACCGAAACUGCUGGAGAUUUAGCAGUUGCAGCAGCAAUUUGUAGCAGCUUUCUUGAGUUCCCGAUCCCCAACGAUGUGGCAUUCAUCGGUGAAGUUGGUCUUGGUGGCGAGCUUCGGAUGGUACCGAAAAUGGAGAAGAGGGUGAGUACGGUGGCAAAACUCGGGUAUAAAAAGUGCGUUGUCCCGAAAUCGGCCGAAAAGUCAUUACGAGGAUUGGAUUUUGGAGAAAUCGAGAUCUUGGAGUGUAUUAAUCUGAAAGAGGUUAUUAACGCUGUGUUUGUAACACGUUAAAGUGCUUCAAAUGGUGUUUUGUGGGUUAUUUUUGUAUAGUGUUGCUCCAUCAGGAAAAUGGUAUGGUUUACUGUUUUUUAGAAGCAAUUUGUAACAUAUUAGGGCAACCGUACCAGAUAUUGUUUGUUUUGUUCAUAUAUGGA